AGCACCCGAGGGGGUCCGAGCCCCGGCAGCAGCCGGCCAGCCCCGCGCCACAAAGGGAGCGCCCCCGCCGCCCGGCACGCCGCCUCCCUCCCCAAUGUCCUCGGCCAUCGAAAGGAAGAGCCUGGACCCGUCUGAGGAACCAGUGGAUGAGGUGCUGCAGAUCCCCCCGUCCCUGCUGACAUGCGGUGGCUGCCAGCAGAACAUCGGGGACCGCUACUUCCUGAAGGCCAUCGACCAGUACUGGCACGAAGACUGCCUCAGCUGUGACCUGUGUGGGUGCCGGCUGGGCGAGGUGGGGCGGCGCCUCUACUACAAGCUGGGCCGGAAGCUGUGCCGGAGAGACUAUCUCAGGCUUUUUGGCCAAGAUGGUCUCUGCGCAUCCUGUGACAAGCGGAUCCGUGCCUAUGAGAUGACGAUGAGGGUGAAAGACAAAGUGUAUCACCUGGAAUGUUUUAAAUGUGCCGCCUGUCAGAAGCACUUCUGUGUAGGCGACAGAUACCUCCUCAUCAACUCCGACAUAGUGUGCGAACAGGACAUCUACGAGUGGACUAAGAUCAAUGGAAUGAUAUAGGCCAGAGUCCCUGGGCACUGAAGAUACUGUCCCCAUGGGGUCUUCACUCUUAAGCACUUUGGGGAUUUGUGGGUGGGGUGAGGCAUUUCUUAGGUGAUGGUAGAUCUUAUUGGGCACCAAGACAUAGCAUCCAAGUGACAUAAUGCCAGGGCCAAGACUUCAGUGUGACGAAAGAGCCAGCCCUUAGGGAGAACUUUUGGCCACAGCCUAUCCGUAGUAACUGACAUGAUUAGCAGAAGAAAGGAACAUUUGGGGGCAAACAGGCACUGUGCUGUCGUGAUGGAAUUCCCCAUCUACAGAUAGGGAGUUGUCAUGUAAAGACUUGUUAUGACUUUGACACUUGCAAACAAGAUCUGUGCAAUCGAUUUCUUUUCUUCCUUCCUUCUGUAACAGUCCUGUUCCAAUCACUUUCCUCCAUAUAAAGGGAAGGACAGAGAGGAGAGUGGCCAUCUUUUUUUUCUUGGCCACCUUCCCAAGGCCUUAAGCUUUGGACCCAAGGGAAACAGCAUAGAGACACAUAUCAGUUGACAAUGGAAAUGGCAACCUUUAACCCAACAAUUAUUUAAAGCAAUGCGGAUGAAUCACAGUUUUUAGACACCCUUUUGAAGUGAGAAGUUCCACAGAUUGUUUCUAUACAAAUGUAAAUCUAAGAAAAAAAAAGUUGUUCCACUAUUUUAUUAUCUUAGAAAAUAUCAAAGUAUUUGUUGUGUGUAGUUAAAAAAAAAAAGAAACCCCAACUCUGCAGACUUAAUAAAAAUGACAAACUAAAA